AUGGCGGAGGCCAUCACCUAUGCGGACCUGCGGUUUGUGAAGGCUCCCCUGAGGAAGAGCGUCUCCCUCCCGGGACAGGGUAAGGGCGAGUCCGACGAGGAUGGAGAACUCACCUACGAGAACGUGCAGGUGCCCCUAGGCCCAGGGGGGCCCCAGAGCUUGGCUCCCUCUGCAACAGGGGACCAGGCAGACGGCCAGGCGGAGCUGCCAACCACGGCCAGGAGCGGCGCGGCGUCACCAGCUGCCGGGCGGACGCUGGCUGGCCAAGGCCGGGCAGCCUGCUCCCAGUCCCUCCAGCUGGGCCUGCUCCUCACCUGCCUGCUGUUGGGGGUGGCUGCCAUCUCCCUGGGCGUGCGAUAUGUGCAGGUGUCUCAGCAGCUCCGGCAGAUGGACGGGGUUCUGGAAGCCACUAACAGCAGCCUUCUGCAGCAGCUCCACCUCAGGAUAAUCCAGCUAGGGCAGAGCGAAAUGGACCUGCAGGGCUCCAAGAGAGAGCUGGCUCAGAGUCAGGAAACCCUCCAGGCUGAGCAGAGGGGCCGCCAGGCUGCCGAGGAGCGGUUACAGGGCUGCCAGUCGGACAAGGAAAAGACACAGGAGACCUUGCAGAGCGAGGUGGCACAGAGACGGGCCCUGCAGCAGAGGCUGAGCCACGUUCAGGACACGCUGAAGCCCUUCUUCACGUGCCCCUCACGAGACACCUGCUGCCCGGUGGGAUGGACACUGAGCCGGGACAAAUGCUUUCACAUCUCACUCAUUGAGAGAGAUUGGGAGGAAAGCCAGAGAUAUUGUAAAUCUCUGUCGUCUGACCUGGCCACAGACAAAGACAGAUAUUAUUCAGUAAGUAAGCGCACGCUUCCGCACAGACCGGAGGGCUGCUAG